AUGGUUGUUAAAGAAACUCUAAGGUUGCAUCCAACACUUCCAUUGCUUGCAAGAGAAAGCAUAAAAUACAGUAAAAUUGAUGGUUACGACAUAUACCCCAAGACAUGGGUCCUAAUAAAUACAUGGGCGUUGGCGAGAAAUCCAAAAUAUUGGAAAAAUCCAGAGGAAUUCUUGCCAGAGAGAUUUAAAGAUAACUCAUUUUCUCUCGCCGAAAAUCAAAAUUUCGAAUACAAACCUUUUGGGGGAGGUAGAAGGAUUUGCCCAGGAUUGAAUAUGGGCAUUGUGUUAACAGAGCUUGUCCUUGCCCAUAUGUUGUACACUUUCGAUUGGGACUUGCCAGAAGGAUUGAAUGCAGAAGACUUGAAUAUGGAAGGAUUGUGA